UCAAGUUAUCAACCACAGUAAGAGUUAACAAAAAGAUCAUAAAAAUAAUAUAAUGGCCUCCUCAAAAGUUAUCCCACUUCUUUUAGUUAUAUCAUCUUUGAUUGUAGGAAUCACCGAGGGUAAGAGCACAGUACCAGUUGUGCCUGGACUUUCAUACACAUUUUAUUCAUCGAGUUGCCCAGGUUUGGAUUUCAUUAUUAGAGGUCAUCUUUGGAAGGUUUUUCAGAGGGAUAUAACCCAAGCAGCUGGUUUGCUGCGCCUUCACUUUCAUGAUUGCUUUGUUCAGGGUUGUGAUGGAUCUGUGUUGUUGGAUGGUAAUCCAAGUGAGAAGGAUGCACUUCCAAACUUGACGUUGAGAGAGGAGGCAUUCAGGAUUAUAAAUGAUCUUCGUGCCGUUGUGCAUAGCCAUUGUGGACGAGUUGUAUCUUGUGCUGAUAUCACUACCCUUGCUGCUCGUGAAUCUAUUUUUCUGGCAGGUGGACCAUUUUACUGGGUUCCAUUGGGAAGAAGGGAUAGUCUAAACUUUGCUACCGCAGCUGCAACACUAGCUAAUCUACCACCUCCCUUUUUCAACACAACGCAACUCCUCAACUCCUUUGCCACCAAAAACAUGGACGCUGUCGAUCUCGUUGCCCUAUCCGGCGGCCACACAAUCGGUAUAAGUCAUUGCACUUCCUUCACCGAUAGACUCUACCCAACUCAAGAUACCACUAUGGACCCAACAUUUGCUAAGAGCCUUAGGCGUACGUGCCCUACUGCAACCACUGAUAAUACAACCAAUUUAGAUAUUCGUACUCCUAAUAUUUUUGACAACAAGUAUUAUGUCGACCUUGUGAAUCGUCAAGGCUUAUUCACUUCGGAUCAAGAUUUGUUUACUGAUUCAAGGACAAAAAAUAUUGUAACAAGCUUUGCUCUUAACCAAGACUUGUUCUUCAAUAAGUUUAUAGAUGCUAUGGUCAAAAUGAGCCAAUUAAGCGUAUUGACUGGAUCACAAGGGGAGAUUCGUGCAAAUUGCUCAGUAAGAAAUGCUAAUGAUUUGGACUUGUUGUCGACUGUGGUGAGAGUUGAUCAAGAUCAACAAGGACGAGUAUCACAAUAUUAAGAAAAAUGUAUUGUAUUUCUAAAUAAGUUUUUAUAAUUUGGAUGUGUGGCUGACCCCAUUAUAAUGGGAUUGUUGUUGCUUUUUAUUUGGCGCAAAUAUUGCUUUGUUAUUACAUAUUUGCAUGUGGCUAACAUCUACGACCUACGUUUACGGUUUAACGAUGUUUGGAUGUAUACGUUUAGUAUGUUAUGUAAUGAAUAAUAUGGGAUAUAUCUCGAUGAAUUCCAUGUUCAAGACAAAAGGAUUCUA